GAGAGUUUCCGGCCAUUGUUCUGUCCUUCUGGCGUGCGUGGCUGGAGUUCGAAAGGUCCUGCCUGUUUCCCGGUCCUCUUGCCUCUCGUCCCCGCCGCCCACGGCUGGGUCCUUAUCUCUUCUCCCCGGACUGCCCCGGGCUCCCGUGUCACUAAAGACACCUUCCUUGUGUAUUGUACUCUCUCUGAUAGAAGAUAGCAGUUCCAGAGCCUCGCAUGGAAACACAGGCUGAUUGUGUGUCUCAGGACCCUCAGCUCCUGCUUGAGAGUGCUCCACCUUCUCCCAAAGUUUCUGCUUCUCAUGAUAAAGGUAACCUGGGAGACCAGAUGUUGGCAGCUGCACUUCUAAAAGCCAAGUCCCAGGAACUGGUGACAUUUGAGGAUGUAGCUGUGUACUUCAUUCGGAAGGAAUGGAAACGUCUGGACCCUGCUCAGAGGGACCUCUACAGGGAUGUGAUGUUGGAGAAUUAUGGGAAUGUGUUUUCACUGGGCUUUCCAUUCCCAAAUCCUGAGAUAAUCUCUCACCUGGAUGGAGAAGAGGAGCCAUGGGUCCUGGAUUUGAAGGGAGCUGAAAGCCAGGGACUCCAAAGUGCCUCUUGUAUAGAUGGUGAGACCAGAACUAGGAAUGAUCAAGAAAUUUCUGAAGCUGCAGAAUCACAUGGGGUGAUACUGGGAAGAUUCCAAAAAGAUGUUCCUUCAAGUCUCAAAUUUGGAGAAGCCUGUGAAUGGGAAGGCAAUUUAGAGAGGCAACUGGGAAACUCCGUGGAGGAAAGACUGAGGAGAAAGAUGGGAGAUCUUAGACAAGUGAUAGUUGAGGAUCAGAAAAGCCCCACAGGUGAGAGAGUCCAGCAGUACAAAGAAUUUGGGAAUAGUUUUAGUCUUAAUUCAAACCUUGUUAUACAUCAAAGAGGUUCUGUGGGAGAUAAACCCCAUAAGUGUGAUGAAUGUGGCAAAAGCUUUAAUCGAACUUCAGACCUCAUUCAGCAUCAGAGAAUCCACACAGGGGAGAAGCCCUAUGAAUGUAAUGAGUGUGGGAAAGCCUUCAGUCAGAGCUCACACCUUAUUCAGCACCAGAGAAUUCACACUGGAGAGAAACCUUAUGAAUGUAAUGACUGUGGGAAAACCUUCAGUUGUAGCUCUGCUCUUAUUCUACAUAGGAGAAUCCAUACUGGAGAAAAGCCCUAUGAAUGUAAUGAGUGUGGGAAAACUUUUAGUUGGAGUUCAACCCUUACUCAUCAUCAGAGAAUACAUACUGGGGAAAAACCUUACGAAUGUAAUGAAUGUGGGAAAGCAUUCAGUCGGAGUUCAACCCUUAUUCAUCAUCAAAGAAUUCAUACUGGAGAGAAGCCCUAUGAAUGUAAUGAAUGUGGAAAAGCCUUUAGUCAGAGUUCACAUCUUUAUCAGCAUCAGAGAAUCCACACAGGAGAGAAACCCUAUGAAUGUAGGGAAUGUGGUGGAAGAUUCACUUACAGCUCAGGUCUUAUUCAGCAUCAGAGAAUUCAUACAGGGGAGAAUCCCUAUGAAUGUAGUGAGUGUGGGAAAGCCUUCAGGUAUAGCUCAGCUCUGGUUCGUCAUCAGAGAAUCCACACUGGAGAGAAAUCUUUGAAUGUGAUGACUAUGGGCAAAGGUUCCAUCAGAGUUGCUGCAUUAAAUAUCAGAGAAUCCAUCCACAUGAGAGAGUGAGAGUCUGCUGCCCCAGUAAAUACAUUUAAUGCAAGAAAAUGUUUGGUUAGAGCUUGUUCUUAGAGUCUGACAGACUCCAUCCUGAGGAAUAAUCUAUGAACAUGAAAAAUGUGGAAAGUUUCCUUUUAAUUGGAAUUCUGCCACCAUAAAAUGAAGUGUAUUGGGCAAGACACUCUAACCUCUGUCCCAUCAAGGCCAAUGAUGAGGGGCCAGCAAUCUAGGUAGCUUUCCCCAGGAUUGGUUUCAGUUAUGAAAGUAUAACUCCCCAAAGAAUAGUUGAUUGAUUGCUAAGCACAGAAGGGGACUCUGGUCCUGAUAUUUUUGGAAAGGAGUUUACCAUUCACCAUUAUAUAUGUAUAAAUAUACACCAGAGGAACUUUUUUGGAAGAAAGUAAUUGAGAGAUCUCAUGACCUCAUUUUCGGCAAGUAGAUUGUAGAGGCGAGGAUAUUGAUAUUGUUAGGGAGGGAAAAUGUAGGCUGUGUCUCAGAAGCUAGCUUUUCUAAUAUUUACUAAAGAGAUUUCCUACCAUACCACUAAAGGAAGUGGGGGAGGGUAAUGUGGGUCCUGAGGAAUAUGGUUAUCGCCAUUCAGAGAGGAAAGGGUUUGGGUCUCGUUUCUCCUUUGGGGGAGGGGAGCAUGACAGCAGUUGUUUUUCUUGGGCCAGGACGGCUUUCCAAGCUUCCUAGGUUGUUUUCCCAGUUCUUAUUUCCCCCCAGUACAAAUGAAAUGCUGUUUCACUUUUUCAGUCUGUUGAGACAAAUGUUUCAGUGUGAUUGAGUGAAUAUAAUACAUUUUUGUUGAGGAUUCAAGGAUUUCUUCCCUUUCUGCCCAUCCCGCAAAUAAACAGGAAACAUUAGCUA